AUGCCCCUGGUACAACCAUGCCACGCUCGUUCUCCCACGACCCUCACGCGCGGGGUGGACUCACCUCCCGACUGCCCCGGUCUGUCUCCCACCGCUCCUUCUCUCACCACCACCGACGGCGACGACACGCCGGAGAACGUGUACCUGGAGCGGCUGGAUCUCGACACCGUGAGGCCGCUCGUCCCCCGCAGCCUCGGUGGCGUGGAGCCUAGGGCGUCUCGGAUCUGCAAGGCGCUCGCCGACGGCGUGUGCUGGGGCCUCCUCGACGAGCUAUGCCACAGGAACGGCCUGCCGUUGAGCGGCUUCGCGUCCCUUCCCGACGACCUCAAGGGAGCCGUCUUGGACAAGCUGACCGACGGCAAGGUCCUCGCGAGGAUGGAGUGCGUUAGCUCCGAGCUGAGGCUGUUCGUGGCCGAGCGCGACCACGAGCUGUGGAAGACCUUGUACAAGGCCCUGCCUGCGCGCCAGCGCCGGGGCUGGUGGCGUCGGUGGUGGUUCUUCCCCGACGCCGAGAGCUCCGACGAGGAGCAGGAGACCGCUCCUUCUCUCACCACCACCGCGCAGAGCUGA